CUUCUCCAACGGCACCAUGCUCUCCUUUUACUUCCUUCUCCCUUUUUAACGUUUGCAUGUCUAUGCUUCUCUCCCAUUCAUCCACCAGCCUCUGCAAUUCCAGAUUCUCUCUCUAAGAGGGUUUCUCAUGUGACCCACAUUUUUUCUGUCUUCAUUCUUCCACUGAGGACGUAUUCCUGUGCUACCUUGCUUUGUUUCUGGAAGUUGGUUUUGCAGGAAGAAGGAAGAGAGGAAGGAAAGAGGAGCAAAAAUGGUGAAGAAGGCUUCUUCUUCCCCUGCUUCUCCUGUGACCAUAACGGUCUCAGCGACAGCAAUAGGUGGCUCUAGAUCCAUGGGCAUCACCAGCCCUGUUCCCAGGACGUCCAUAUCAAACAGUCCAAAUUCUCCGCUGAUCAGCAGAGGGAAGAGGUUGUCGACCGGUUCGAGGUACUGCUCAGAGACUAAAGAUGAGACUGAUGUGAGCUCUGAAUAUGUGAGUUACACGGUGCAGAUACCUCCGACUCCCGACCACCAGCCAAUGUCAGAUUCACAGGCCAGCCUCCCCGGCGAAUCUGAGUCUAAGAUUGCCGGGAAAACGCAGAACAGCUUCAUCUCAGGAACCAUUUUUACUGGAGGAUUCAAUUGUGUGACCAGGGGACACAUCAUAGAACCCAUGAAAAGCUACCCUGAAAAACCAGAGGAAUCCAUGAUGUUGGUCUGCGGAAUGCCAGGAUGCGACGGCAAGGCACUCCGUGAGGAGGGUAAUCUGCCCUGCCUUUGCCGCUUCAGGAUCUGCAGAGAAUGCUACUUGGAGCGCAUCAGGAACGGAGAGAAAUGCCCUGGAUGCAAAGAAGAGUUCAGAGAGGUGGAGGAGGAUGUGGAGGAAGAAUCCCUGUCUGAAGCAGAGGAUCAAGCUCUUCCUCUGCCCACCAUGAAGGAGCCAAAGCUCGAAAAAAGGCUCUCUGUUGUGAGAUCAUUCAAAGCUCCGAAUCAUCCGCCCGAAUUCGACCAUGCUAGAUGGCUCUAUGAAACCAAGGGAACCUAUGGAUAUGGAAAUGCUGUCUGGCCUAAGGAAGGAUAUACUGGCGGCUCGUUCCAGGAGCCUCCUGAUUUUGAAGAGAAAAGCAGGAGGCCAUUGACAAGAAAAACUGCUGUAUCUACAGCAAUUCUGAGCCCAUACAGAUUGUUAAUAAUGAUCCGCUUAGUGGCUCUCGGUUUCUUUCUCACAUGGAGAAUUCGCCAUCCGAAUCACGAGGCAAUGUGGCUUUGGGGAAUGUCUACAGUCUGUGAGAUGUGGUUCGCCAUAUCAUGGCUUCUCGACCAGCUACCUAAACUCUGUCCAGUGAACAGAGUAACAGAUUUGACAGUACUCAAGCAGCGCUUCGAGUCACCGAGUUUUAGGAACCCGAAAGGAAGAUCUGACCUGCCUGGCAUAGAUGUCUUCGUUUCUACAGCAGAUCCUGAGAAAGAGCCUCCACUGGUUACUGCUAAUACGAUACUAUCGAUCCUUGCAGUUGAUUAUCCAGUUGAAAAAGUCGCAUGUUAUCUUUCUGAUGAUGGAGGCGCGCUCCUAACAUUUGAAGCUCUUGCAGAAACUGCGAGCUUUGCUCGGAUAUGGGUUCCAUUCUGCAGAAAGCACAACAUUGAACCCCGGAAUCCAGAGUCCUAUUUUGGGCAGAAACGUGAUUUCUUGAAGAACAAAGUCCGGUUGGAUUUCGUGAAGGAGAGAAGAAGGGUGAAGAGAGAAUACGAUGAGUUCAAGGUGAGGAUCAAUUCCCUGCCUGAAUCAAUCAGGAGGAGGUCAGAUGCUUACAAUGCACAUGAAGAACUUCGUGCCAAGAAGAAACAGUUUGAAAUGGGAGGCAAUAUUUCCGAACCCAUCAAAGUUCCAAAGGCAACAUGGAUGGCUGAUGGUGCACAUUGGCCAGGAACAUGGCCGUCCGGUGAGGUUGACCACUCCAGGGGAGACCACGCCAGCAUAAUUCAGGCAAUGCUGGCUCCUCCGAACUCAGAACCAGUAAUGGGCGCAGAGGCAGAUGAUUCCAAUCCAGUUGAUACAACUGAAGUAGACAUCAGACUACCCAUGUUGGUUUACGUUUCUCGAGAGAAAAGGCCCGGUUAUGACCACAACAAAAAGGCAGGAGCCAUGAAUGCGUUGGUCCGGACGAGUGCUAUCAUGUCCAAUGGGCCCUUCAUUCUUAAUCUGGACUGCGAUCACUACAUAUACAACUCGAUGGCUCUUCGUGAAGGAAUGUGCUUCAUGUUGGAUAGAGGAGGCGACAGGAUUUGCUACGUUCAGUUCCCUCAGAGAUUCGAGGGGAUUGAUCCCAACGAUAGAUACGCAAAUCACAACACAGUAUUUUUUGAUGUGAGUAUGAGAGCUCUUGAUGGUCUUCAGGGCCCAAUGUACGUUGGUACUGGCUGUGUUUUCAGAAGAAUAGCUCUCUAUGGUUUCAACCCACCGAGAACUACAGAACACAGAGGGUGCUUUGGAAGAAGGAAGAUUAAGCUCUUCUUGAGAAAGCCAAAGACACCCAAGAAUGAGUUGGAACAGAUAAUUUCUGGUGGCAACGACGACGAAGGCUUCGAUGAUCUUGAAUCACAGCUUCUUCCUAAGAAGUUUGGCAAUUCAACUACUCUUGUUGCUUCAAUUCCUCUUGCUGAAUAUCAGGGGAGGUUGCUGCAAGAGCAGGAUGGAGUGAAACUCGGCAGGCCUGCUGGUGCGCUUGCCAAACCAAGAGAGCCUCUUGAUGCUGCCACUGUUGCUGAAGCCAUCAGUGUGAUAUCCUGCUUCUACGAGGAUAAAACAGAGUGGGGACAAAGAAUUGGCUGGAUCUACGGUUCUGUGACAGAGGAUGUGGUAACAGGAUACAGGAUGCAUAACAGAGGGUGGAGAUCUAUCUAUUGUGUCACAAAGAGAGAUGCAUUCCGAGGAACUGCACCUAUCAAUCUCACUGACAGACUUCACCAGGUUCUUCGUUGGGCAACAGGUUCUGUCGAGAUAUUCUUCUCUCGUAACAAUGCACUAUUUGCCAGUAGCAGAAUGAAGUUCUUGCAGAGGGUGGCGUACUUCAACGUUGGUAUCUACCCUUUCACAUCCAUCUUUCUCAUUGUCUACUGCAUCCUACCUGCCAUGUCUCUGUUCACUGGACAAUUCAUAGUCCAGACACUGAGCGUAACUUUCCUGAUUUAUCUGCUUCUCAUAACCCUCACACUCUGCCUCCUGGCGAUUCUUGAGAUAAAGUGGUCGGGGAUCACCCUCCAUGACUGGUGGAGGAACGAGCAGUUCUGGUUGAUUGGAGGAACCAGCGCUCACCCUGCCGCUGUCUUACAGGGUCUCCUUAAGGUGAUUGCUGGUGUGGAUAUAUCAUUCACACUGACUUCGAAAUCCGCAGUUGAUGAUAGCGAAGAUGAAUUUGCUGACCUCUAUGUAGUGAAGUGGAGCUUCCUGAUGGUUCCUCCUAUUACCAUCAUGAUGGUGAACAUCAUUGCCAUAGCUGUGGGUGCGGCGCGAACCAUGUACAGCGAGUACCCCGAGUGGAGUAAGCUUCUUGGUGGUGUCUUCUUCAGCUCAUGGGUGCUCUGCCACCUGUACCCAUUUGCAAAGGGAUUGAUGGGGAGGAGGGGAAAAACUCCCACCAUAGUUUUUAUGUGGUCCGGUUUGAUAUCCAUCAUCAUUUCACUGAUGUGGGUGUAUGUUAGUCCACCCUACUCGAAGACCCAGUAUGGAAAAUUCCAGUUUCCUUGAGGUGUUACAGAAAGAACCAGCAAUAUGAACAGUUUCUCUGAAAUUCAAAACGGAAGAACCUACGACAGAAGUUACAGUUUCAGUUCCUGUGCUCCGAAAGGAACAAACAGCUUCCCUGGACCAAUUUUUCUCUCUUAUCAUGUAAUGUUUGUUUGUUACUUGUUACUUGCAACCUUAUUCUUUCCUACCGUGUAUUUCUAUUUCUCGUAGAGCAAGCAGAAAUAUGACAUACUAGCCUAUUAUUUCUCAA